UCUUGCGCGCCAUGAUUGUUUGCUGUCUUCAGAAAAAGUGAGAUUUUUUGGAUGGUUUUGCCUUGAAAGGACGCAAGAUAAACUUUAAGCRAAUCGGUAAUCCAUAAUAACAACAUGGCUGUACAAUACGCGCCUACAAAACUACGAGUUCCUCCUGGAUUUCAAAACAUAUUGGAGGGAUUUGCGCGCGAAGUUCUCCGUGAACAACCAGAGGACAUCAUUCAGUUUGGUGCUCAAUACUUCAAAACACAACUCUCUAUUAGAGAUGAUACAGGCAAAGAUGAUGCAAAGAGAGGAGAAAAUCUGGAAAAACUCCAAAAAGGAGAAGAGGUUGACAUAGAUCUGAAUGAUCCAGAAGUCCAAGCAGCAGCAACGAAGAUCCAAGCCAGUUUCCGUGGGCAUAAGGUCAGGGAAGAGGCUCAGCAUGUACGUGGACAUAAGGCUAAGAAAAAGAGAGCUCAACAACUUAAAGAUCAYAUAAGUAGGGAAUCCAUUGGUAGCCCUACUCAUUUAGAUACUAAACCAACUGAUGAGCCAAUUGACAUUGACUUGAAUGACCCAGAAGUAGGAGCAGCUGCACUGAAAAUCCAGGCUUCUUUCCGAGGACACAAAGCAAGAAGCGAAGUCCAGAAAAUAAAAUCAUCAGAGUCAGUUGCCUCUCCAACUAAGGAAGAUAAUGAAAAGGAYGAAAAAGAAGCWGCUGAACAACCAGUGGCAGAGGAAGAUCAGCCUACUGAAGUGUCAAAAGAUGAACCUUCAGGUGAAGUAAAAGAAACAAGUUCAGUUGAACAGAAGGCAGACUCCGCUCAACAGGAAGAAGAAAUUGAUAUUGAUCUGAAUGAUCCUGAAGUCAGCAAGGCUGCCACUAAAAUCCAGGCAACAUUCAGAGGUCAUAAGACAAGAAAAGAAAUAAAAGAUUCCUCGCCAUCUGAAAGUAAAGAAUCAGUAACAGCUACAGAAUCUGCUCAAGAAACAGAAGCGACACAACAAGAAGUUGUGACAGAACCUCAYGAAGAACCAACUGAAUUAUCACAGGAGCCAGAAGCACCACCGGCAGAAGCAGAGCCAUCUUCAGAUGAUGUUGCAGGUGAUGCUCCAGCUGAGGAACCAGCUCAAGAACCACCCACAGACUCACAAGAUACACAAGAACAAGAUACCAUUCAACCUCAACAAGAGGAAACACAGGAAACACAGCCUUCGACUGAAAGUGCCCAAGAAAAAGAUGAAGAAGAAACUACAGUUGUUGAGAGUGAGAAAGCAGAAGAUGCUCCACAGGAUGAGGGUGAAAAACCAGAAGCUACUCCACAGGAAGGAGGUGAAGAAGUACAGAAUGCUGAGGCUGAGAAAACUGAGGAUGCACCACAAGAGGAACAAGAGAAAAUAGAAGCAGAAGGUGAUAAGGGAGAUGACGUUUCUAAAGAAGAUGUUGAAAAGGCAGAAGAUGUUGAGAAGACAGAAGAUGUUGAAAGGGCAGAAGAUGUUGAGAAGACAGAAGAUGUUGAAAAGGCAGAAGAUGUUGAGAAGGUAGAAGAUGCUACACAGCAGGAAGCAGAGAAGACAGAUGAUGCACCCAAGGAACCCUUACAGGGAGAAGGAGAAGGUUCACCUCCUGAACCCAAAGAGGGUGAAUCAUAAGAACAAUACCACAUGAGAGAGAUUUUUUAUCAACAAACAUCUAUUAACACUCAAACAAAACUGUGGUAGCAUGUACAGUAGUAAACAAAUGUACAGUAUUUAGCUAAUGGCUUUUUUAAGAAAUGAGAUCACACAUGAAGGUAAAGACAGCUGCCAAACAACACUUAGUGCACAUACUGUUUUAUUUGUAUAAAUUGUUAUCUUUGGACACUAAGCUGUUUUUUAUAACAUGUAAAGUAGCAGUGUGGAGAAGGACUCUGUAUUGUCAUCAAAAUAAAAUGCUGGAAGAGGUUAUAACAUAUAUCAACUUUCUAAUUCAAAAAAUAAAACCUGAUAUAAAUAAAUUUUAACAAGAUCCAA